CACACACGAGUUUGUGGACAAGUGAGUCCAUCCUACUGAGCGAUGCCUUUACGACCCAGAGCUUGCUCUCAGCCUGGGAAAGACGGCAUGCUCCUGAACCCUAAAGUGGCGGCGGUUCUACGUCCCCGAGCUCUGACCUCGAGCUCCCGCUCAGUCGUGGAGGACCAGCUGUCAUGUCCCGUGUGCUGCGAGAUCUUCGAUGACCCCGUGGUCCUGCGCUGCAGUCACAGCUUCUGUCGCACCUGCCUGAGCCAGUUCUGGAGCAAGAAGGCGUCCAAGCGUGAGUGUCCCAUGUGCAGGAGGAGGUGCUCGCUCACCGAGCCCACAGUCAGCCUCGUGCUCAAGAACGUGUGUGAAACUCUGGUGCAGGAGCAGAAAGAACUGACCACCACACCACCUUCGUCACCGGGCCCCACCGCCAGGCCGUUAGAGCUGUGUCCCACCCACAGAGAGCCGCUCAAACUCUUCUGCCAUGACGACGAGGAGCUGCUGUGCUGCGUGUGUCACACUUCCAAGAAGCACCAAGGCCACCGAGUGUGUCCCAUAGAAGAAGCAGCACACGACCUUAAGGCGGAGUUAAAGAAGGAGCUGGUGCCGAUGAAGAAAAAUCUCCGUCGGCUUUACGAGGCCAAGCAGGAGCACGAUGACAUCACUCUACACAUCAAGAACCAAAGACAGCAGACAGAGAAACAGAUCCGAGAGGAGUUUACCGAGAUCAGAAAGUUCCUGGAGAAACAGGAGCUGGUGAGGAUCGCUCUCCUGGCUCAGGAAGAGGACGAGAAGUUGCUUCUAAUGAAGAAAAGCACAGACAACCUCUCGCGCGAUAUUCUGACCUUCUCUCACUUGGUCAGAACUGUAGACGACGAAAUCGCCAACAUCGACUCUGUGUUCCUGCAGCACUACAGAAAUAUAAAAAAGAGGACACACUUAACCUUUAAGGAACCAGAGAAAGUUCCAGGUGCUCUUAUCAACGUGGCGAAACACGUGAGCUCUCUGAAGUUCAGCUUGUGGGAGAAAAUGCAGUCCAUGGUGGAACACACCCCAGUGACUCUGGACGCCAACACGGCCUACCCGUGCCUGAAGCUGAGCAAAAAUCUGACCCAGGUCUGCAACAGUGGCUCAAUGCAGAAGCUUCCAGACAACCCUGAGCGAUUCGACCACUUUGUCUUCGUGCUCGGGUCCGAGGGCUUCGACUCGGGAUGCCACGCCUGGGAGGUGGAGGUGAAGGACAACAAUGACUGGGUCAUUGGAGUAGUGAAGGAAUCCAUAGCCAGGAAGGGGAAGGUCUCAGGAGGUCCAGAGGCAGGCUUCUGGACCAUCGCGCUGUCGGACGGCCUUUACACGGCCAUGACGUCUCCGCCCACCCGGCUGAAACUGAGCGGCCAUCUUGAGAGAGUGAGGGUGAAGCUGGAUUACGAGGCCGGCGAGGUGAGUUUCUCCAACCCUCUGGAACUGACGUCCAUCUACACCUUCAACGAGCACUUCACCGAGAGGAUGUUCCCUUUCUUCUGUCCCGGCGCCAACAUCAACGGCAGCAACCCGGGUCCUCUGAAGAUCUGCUCAGUUAAAGUAGCUGUGUGGAACAGUGCCAUCUGGUGACGGGGUUUACACUGAUUGGCUAAAAUUAAACUUCAUGUAUAUUGUAAUCAGACUCCGAGUGGUCUGGAAAUUUUGCU